GAAGUAUUAGUGAAAAUCGUAAUAUAAAAUUGUGUUCGAAGUAGUCGCUUUUGAUUAUGCCAAAAAUUUUAUGAAAUGCAAAAAUGAACUAACAAACAAGUGCAUAUGUCUUGUGCAGUACUCGUUCGCUAACUGGGCUGCAGAUCCAUCCCAAUUAUAAAAUACUAUUUGCACACCGACACUGAGAGCCUUCGAAACAUCAACUUCAUAACGGUGAAAUAAUGAAACUUCGUUUGUUUCUAUGAACGUGGGGGAGUGAAAAUGGCACAUGGAAAUAUCACUUUUAUCCGUCUUUUUGACAUGAUUACACAAAUAUUCACUCCACGCUAUCACAUUAGCCUCAUAUUCAGCGGGAGCUCUACAAAAUGUACGUUUUUAAUUGAUAAAUUUCUUCCUGAAAAUAGCAUUUUCAUAUAGAUGCGGUGGGCAAUCAAAGAUAAACACAACCACUGACGUCACUAUAUGCGAAAUAGUUAUGGCAGCGCAUGCUAUGUCGCUCGAAACUCGACCAUCUUCAUUACCUUUUUUCCAUGACAUUGCUCUAUUAUUGAUACAUAAAUGGGCUGAUGCCUGGUUAACGCACGCCCAGUUGGCCCAGUUAGCUAAUGACUACUGCAAAUACAGUUUAUACUCAUAAUAUUAAUCUUAAUUUUUGUUAGAUCAUUCAAAUCACUGUAAGAAAAAUAGCAGCAUUUUAGAUUGAUGUGAGGUUCAACCAACAGCUUCCUUAAUCAAUAGAGGCGAAUGAACUGAAAAGUUUAAAGCCUCUUAAAAACAAGGAAGCGAAGCUUCCUUAACUUUCCUAUACUCGCGCAUAGGUUUGACAGACCGAGCAUCAAUGAGGUGGCUGAAUCAAAUGGCUAUUGAAGCUGGAGGAAGUUAAAGAAAAAUAUUUUUUUGGAGUUUUUCCACUCAACUUCAUUGUUUUCUCUGAAUAAAUACCAAUAACGUCUGAAAAUAUACAUUGGCAAUAACACAGAGACGCGCACAGUCCAAAGUACCCAAAUUACGAUUUUCGGGCGAAUAUAGGAGUGUUAAUCUAUACUUUGUAGUAACCUCUGCCCACAGUUCUCUGACAUAGUUGCAAAAUGAAACGAGACCAGAAAACAUUCACAGAAUUGAACAUCCCUGUUUAUAACCGUUAUACUGUCCAGCACACACACCCACACCCAAAAUAAGGCAGAUCAGUUGUGAAUACAGAGGAUUUAAUUGCGUUCAGUAGAACGACAGACAGCAUCCAGAAAUAUACGUGCGUGAAGAUCGAAUUUCAUCGAAUAUACAAUUUUAAAAUUUGAGAGCGUAGUUUUGAAAAUCCCAAAAAGGAAACCCUACCGUUGAGACAGUGUUUAUUCUCGAUACGCGAUUCAGCCUCAAACCUCUGAAAGCGAACAUUUUGGUGUCGUGACCAGGAUGUAUGGCUGAAUCCAGAGGUCAUUACCCUAUGAACAACGAAUGUUGAAGGGGUCAUUAUCAUAUGGACAACGAUUGGUGAAGGGGUCAUUAUCCUAUUUCAAAGCCGCAGCCAUACAGUACUGAGGUCAAUUAUUGUUGGAUAAUAGAAGCUUGGAUGAACAAAUGCCAUAAAUCGAAGACAUUUCUUUGAUGCAAAAUAUUUGAGUUAAUACAAGGUCUAAUUAUUACAGGCCACAGAUUUGGCGAUCACCACAAAAUUAUAUUCAACUGACAACUAUUGACAAGGAAUAUUCACGACUUGACUACACUUCUGGAUAAAACCGAUUGCUACCACACACGAGAAAUAGUUACAUUUUACAUUGAUUAUACAAGGCUUGUUACAAACAGGCCUCAGGUGAGUGCCUGUCCAAAUAAUUCUACUGUAUCAAUUUGUGCUACCUGGUACUUUUAUGUUUAUUUUAUGAUCAUCGACGAUUCGGGAUUAUUACUGCAUCUACUGGCUGUGAGAGAGGACUAUAUCGUAAUAAUUUAGCUGGACUCAAUAACGAUUCGCAUAUUCGGGAAGGACUAUUUCCAUACUACUUUUCAAGGCCUAUUUUGGACAGGCCUCAGGUGAGCACCUGUCCAAUACUACAAUUUUAAUUUGCGGUACUUCCUGGUCCCUUUUGUCUCUUUUCGGUUAUUUUGGAGCAACUGCAUUGCUGGUCUGGUAGUGGUGUUAAUGAUGGCUGAACGAAAAGUUAACGACAAAAUUAAAAGGAGGGAACGUAUAUUCGUAUCUCUAAAACGACACGAGCAGUUUUUGGAGGGAUAUGAUCCGAAUUCACAGAGCGGACAAAUCGAGAUGAGGAUUGAAAAACUUGAUAAAAAAUUCGAAGAAUUCGAAAAAGUUCAGGAAGAGAUAGCGAUGUUGGAUGAAAAAGGUGAUGUUGAGGAGGACAGUUAUUCUGCUGGAGUGGAUUUUGAAAAUCAUUAUUAUGAGCUACGAGCAGCACUAUCAGCAAAGAUAUCUCUAUCGGUUCAGACUACCGCAAAUCUUGACAACACGAUUGCCAGAAAUACAAGCGCUUUGGGUAUUCAUACCGGGGUGCGUCUACCUCAGAUUACACUACCGGAGUUCGACGGUGACUAUCGAGUGUGGCUUUCGUUUAAGUCGAUAUUCGUUUCCAUGAUACACGAAUCGGCAGAACUCUGCGACGUACAAAAAUUUCACUACCUGAAAACAGCACUGAAAGGGGAGGCGGCAAAGCUUAUAGAAUCUCUCACGAUCACGAAUAAAAACUACUCAAUUGCUUGGGAAACAGUAACGAAGCGAUAAUCAAACGAAUAUCUUCUCAAAAAGCGACAUAUUCACGCGCUCAUGGAAUAUCCAAGACUGAAGGAGGAAUCGGCUGCAGCAAUUCACGGAUUGGUAGACGAAUUCGAACAGAGAAUGAAGAUACUAAAGCAGUUGGGUGAAAAAACUGAGCAUUGGGGAGCACUUAUUGUACAUUGGGUUUGUUCCAAGUUGGACGGUCAUACUCUACAACUUUGGGAAGACCACGCGGCUUCUAUAAAAGAACCUGGUUUCUCAUCAUUAAUGGAUUUUCUAGAGAAAAGGACUCGAAUAUUGGACGCCAUAUCAUCAAAUUGUACCGAAAGCAAAAAUCAUCCCACAAGAUCGAACAUAAAACGUACCAAUAUUGUUUCAUAUAGUGCCACAAAUGCUGUGAAUGAUGUACCAGCAUGUCAAUGUUGCGGCGAUGCUCAUUAUACUUCACGUUGUACUAAAUUCCAGACGAUGAAUCUAUCUGAAAGAAUGAAUAUAGUAAACAACAAGCGCUUGUGUAGUAAUUGCUUUCGAUCAGGGCAUUGGGCUCGAGACUGCAACUCUAAAUUUAAUUGUAGAACGUGUGGAAAAAGGCACAAUGCGUUGAUUCAUCCCGGAUAUCCACUGGGGCACAGCGAUAGCAUGAAUUCCACAGUAAAUAAAAGCAACAAUAUACGAGGCAUGAAAACAAAUUUGGCAACUGGAGGUACAGGAAGUACAUUUGCUGAUCAAACGGAAGCAAUGGAUGAAUCGACAGUUAGUUCAUUUAGUAUUGGGACCAAAUCUGGACCAUCGAACAUUUUUCUUUCAACGGUGGUAUUGAUUGUGCAGGAUAGAGAUGGUAACAAACAUUUGGCAAGAGCAUUGCUCGAUAAUGGAUCUCAGGUGAAUAUUAUGAGCGAAAGGAUGUGUCAGAUGCUGAAGUUGAAACGACGUGCGAUAAAUGUUCCAAUUUAUGGAAUUGGCCAGGUUGAAUCCCGAGCAAGACAUGCAGUUAACGCUACAAUAAGUUCUCGAGUGACAGAUUACACAAUGGGAAUGGAUUUUUUUAAUAUUGCCACGGGUUACUUCUAAGUUGCCUUCAGUUACCGUGCCAAUUAUUCACUGGAGAAUUCCUGAACAAUUGAAGCUAGCUGAUCCUGACUUUAACACAUGCAAACGGGUCGACUUGAUAAUUGGUGCGGAAUACUUCUAUGAUUUUUUGAAUGAAAACGGACUAAAACGGAUUAAUAUGGGAUCAGGACUUCCCACUUUGGUUGAAACAAAACUUGGUUGGAUCGUAACGGGUAAAACGAGUACUCAAAACAGGACAUCUGUUCACUGUUAUGCCGCGACAACUCCGGAUAAUCUAGAGAGUCUGAUUGGAAAAAUUUUGGAAAACAGAGAGCUAUAAUGAUCAACCGCCUUGGUCUAAGCAGGAACAAGACUGCGAAGAAUCUUUUGUUAAAACUCACUCGCGUGCUGACGAUGGUCGCUACAUAGUAAGACUACCCAAACAUGUUCAUUUCGGAAAUAUGCUGGGUGAAUUAAAAAUAAUGGCAUUGGAAAGGUUCAGAAAACUGGAAAGACGCUUGCAACGGGACAUAUUAUUAAAAAAGGAAUACCAUGCAUUCAUGGCUGAAUAUAUUAGGCUUGGUCACAUGAAAAAAGUUACAGAAGAGAAUUUACCAUCAGAAGCUAGGGGAUCCACGGAUAAAAAAGCAUAUUAUUUGCCUCACCACCCCGUCAUUAAAAAUUCAAGCACUACAACUAAGUUACGGGUCGUAUUUGAUGGAUCGGCUUCCACCGAUAGCGGAUACUCGCUGAAUGAUAUUCUUUUGAAAGGUCCUGUAAUACAAGAUGAGCUUCUCAGUCUAUUACUACGGUUCCGUAAACAUAAAGUCGCCCUCGUUGCGGACGUGGAAAAAAUGUAUAGACAAAUCCGUCUACACGAUGAUGAUACGCAUCUGCAAAGAAUUUUUUGGCGGUUUUCCGAGUCAGAUCCAAUAGGUACAUACGAAUUGCUCACGGUGACUUAUGGCUUGACUCCUUCAUCGUUCCUCGCCACAAGAACACUGAAGCAACUGGCAUACAAGUAAAGACACUUGGUGUUACAUGGGAUCCAAGAUCUGAUCAGUUGAGUUUUGCCUUCGAUAUAGUCAAUAACGUGAAGGAUUGGACAAGGCGAAGUAUCCUCUCUACCAUCGCGAAACUGUUUGAUCCUCUCGGUUUAAUUUCUCCGGUAAUUGUGAAGGAAAAAAUAAUAAUGCAGAAACUAUCUUUACUGCAAUCUGGCUGGGAUGAUGCUGUUCCCUCUCAAUUGGAUAAUGAAUGGAAAGAAUUUAUCAGCAACUUGAAUCUGCUAUCAGAAGUGCAAAUAGAAUCGCCUUUAGUCUGGAAUGGACAGGAAUACAGUUUCACUGUUUUGCGGAUGCAUCUGAGUUAGCGUAUGGAGCGUGUCUCUAUGUAAGAGCGACCGAUACAGUCGGCAAUGUGCGCAUCGAGCUACUUUCGUCAAAAUCUCGUGUUGCACCAUUAAAAAGAUAAACACUCCCUCGCCUAGAGCUUUGUGCUGCAGAUACAGCUGCCCACUUAUAUUCAAAAGUUGUAAACUCAUUGAAAAUGAAUGAAUAUCAAUCGUUUUUCUGGUCCGACUCAACAAUUGUUGUGCACUGGCUGAAGGCACCUCCUAACACUUGGCAAACCUUCAUUGCGAAUCGUGUUUCUAGGAUACAAACGCUCACUUAUGGUCAUAGUUGGCAACAUAUAGCAGGGAACCAAAACCCUGCUGACUUAUAAUAUCUAUAUUAUUAAUAUCUGUGAAGGAAUUUCUCCAGAGUCAAUUAUGGAGAAACGGACCGACAUGGCUAAAGCAAUCCAUUGAUACGUGGCCAAAGGAAAGCAAGGAAUUUGUUCAUUCCGACCUGGAUCUAGAAACCCGAAAGACUGUUCAUAUGGGGACCAUAAUUUCUGAAACGAAUGACUUGUUCUUCCUACGCUCGGCUCUCAAACCUUUACCGCGCAUUGUAGCUUAUUGCCUCCGUUUCGCACAUAACUGUCGCCAACCUCAUGAAGCUCGUCGAUCCCCAUUCUUAGAAGCGAAUGAAAUUAACGCUGGAAAACUGGCUUUGGUGCGCCUUGUACAACUAGAAUGUUUUCCAGAGGAUAUUAAAAAUUUACGAAAGCAUCAUCAGGUAUCGAACAAAUCUCCACUGAAACUUCUCAAUCCCUUUGUAGAUCAAAAUGGGGUCAUAAGAGUGGGUGGACGCCUGCGUCAGUCAGACGUACAUUUUGCAACAAAGCAUCCAUCAGUACUUCCAAGUAACCAUCCAUUUACUCGCAUGCUCAUUGAUUACUUUCAUCAUCAAACCAUUCAUGGUAGUCGGCAGUUAACACUUUCAGUCAUGAGACAGGAAUUCUGGCCGUUACAUGGCAAAAAGACAGUCAAUUCUGUGUUACAAAAAUGCUAUCGCUGCUUUCGUGUGAGUCCAACAACAAUUCAGCAACCAAUGGGCCAGCUACCAAGUGCCCGUGUGUGUCCAAGCAAACCGUUCGUCAUAACUGGGAUUGAUUAUUGCGGUCUGUUUUAUCUAAAAUCACCCUAUCGUCGUGCUGCCGCCCCGAAAGUUUACGUUGCAGUGUUUAUAUGUUUUACCACGAAGGCCAUACAUUUGGAAAUUGUCAGCAAUUUAUCGACCGUCGGGUUUAUUUCAGCCCUGCGUAGAUUCAUUGGUAAUCACGGAGUUCCAUCUGAAAUUCAUUCAGAUAAUGCCAAGAAAUUUUCCGGAGCCAAGCAUGAGUUAUAUGGUUUAUAUAAGACGCUGAAUGAUAAAAAAUAGUUCGCUAUGAUUGGAAACGAGCUAGCGCAACAAGGUAUUUCAUGGCAUUUUAUACCCCCACGGGCUCCUAACUUUGGAGGCUUGUGGGAAGCUGCAGUGCGCACUGUUAAAAGUGCCCUCAAAAAGGAAAUCGGCUCGUAUCACCUAUCCUUUGAAGAUUUCUCUACUCUUCUCGUUCAGAUUACAGCAGCAAUCAAUUCAAGGCCAUUAGUUCCGCUUUCGGAUGACCCUCUAGAUGUUGAUGUGCUGACUCCAGCCCAUUUUCUUAUUGGCUCUACCAUGACGGCACUCCCCGAAACCGAUCUGCGCGCCAUCCCUACGAAUCGACUAACCCACUACCAGCAAAGGCAGCAAUUAUUCCAGCGAUAUUGGCAGAGAUGGAGUAAGGAAUACCUCACCGAGAUGCAAAUGAUUAACAAACACCGGCAACACAUUUCCAUUAAUGUUGGAGAUUUGGCUGUUCUACGUGAAGAUAAUCAACCACCCCUAUAUUGGCCUUUGGCAAGAAUUACUAAGGUGCAUCCAGGAAAUGAUGGAGUCGUCAGAGUGGUUACUGUAAGAACCAAAAACGGUAUCUACAAGCGUCCUGUGUGCCGAAUAUGUCCAUUGCCAUCGAAUUGUGAUCUAUUACAAAACAGACCAGGAAUUUAGUUAACUAGUUUUAAUAGUUUAGAACAUAAGCAUAUUUAGUUGAAGCUAGUUCAAGUGGGCCGGUAAUGUUGGCAUUUAUAUGUAGACAUUAGUAAUCUUCGAUGACCAAAUAUGGCUCAAAUUGAACAUCGCUGUUUAUAACCGUUAUACUGUCCAGCACACACACCCACACCCAAAAUUAGGCAGAUCAGUUGUGAAUACAGAGGAUUUAAUUGCGUUCAGUAGAACGACAGAACGCAUCCAGAAAUAUACGUGCGUGAAGAUCGAAUUUCAUCGAAUAUACAGUUUUAAAAUUUGAGAGCGUAGUUUUGAAAAUCCCAAAAAGGAAACCCUACCGUUGAGACAGUGUUUAUUCUCGAUACGCGAUUCAGCCUCGAACCUCUGAAAGCGAACAAAUGGAGUUGAUUUCGGGCCAGUUAACUGUCAAACUAGGACCAGCUGCUCGUUGAUCAAUUCUUUGCCAUGAAUCGCCAAGAAUAUUUGAAAAUUCACUUCUAAAUCUGGGUCAUGCGGAUAGAUUUAAAAAGGUUGUCAAAAAAAAAAACCGAUAGAAAUGUCAAAACAAUUCUAUUAUAUCAACGAUUUUAUUAUUAUAUCAACGAUUUUAUUACUAACCUCGAGCCGACCGUGAGUAAUCGGUUACAUAUUACUAACAUAGAUAAUAAGAAAAACUGUCAAAAUAUUGAACUCCGGCCUCCUGAAAAAAAAACGAUUUUAUUAAAAAAACGGUACAUAUCGUGGCAGUUGGGUAUAAUAAUUCAAACCGCCAAAGAAUAGAAAUGUUGCGACCUUCUCGUCUUCGUCUCGCAGUUGCGUGUAGCAGGAAUCUAAUUCCACAAGGUACAAUAUUUCUGCAGAAGAAUAAUCUUUCUUGAGUAAAAUUCUGGUUUGGUCCAGAACGUGAAUAAACAAAUUUGCAUCACGAAAACGUUUGUUCAUUCGUGCAUGGGGAAAAGGUUGUACGAUUUUUUUUUCAAGCAAUGAAAAUUAAAUUUGUUUGACUCCGUAUGACCUGGUACUAUAUGAUGUGUACUCUCGAACUAGUUUUCAUGACAAAGAAUAACAUGGAUAUAUAAUUUAUUGCAAAACAUGUAACGAUUUCAUGAUACAUUGACUAAGUGGUUCUCCAUUUUCAAUCAUCUUAGAUAGUAAGGUAAAUGAUUUUGGUUUGUCCAGUCGAAAAUAUGAUCAUGGUUUGUCCAUUUUUUUGAAUGCUCUAGUUCAGCACACCUAUAUCAAAUCAGGUAUUCUAAUGUUUCAAAACAUUUAAAUUAAAUUGUCUUUUUCACGAUUUACAGUAGUUUAAUAGUAUACUAGCUGACCCGGCAAACGUCGUCCCGCCCACAAUUUGUUUUUUGUUAUCAAUACCUUCAAACAUUUACGUUGCCUUACUAUGAGCAAGCUCAUGGGUCCAAUCGCAGAACUGUUCAUUGAUUGAUCUUCUAAUCGACCCUGGUGAAUCUUCCUUUUACUAUAAAAUUCCUAGUAUUUCUAAUAAAGUAUUUUUCUGUGUUUUUUUAGUAUUUUUCUGUGUACUCUGGACAUGUUUCUCCGUUACAAUGAAUAAAUGUUUUAUACAGAAAAUAUGAUACAAUAAAGACAGCCCUAAAUCGGACAAUUCCUUCCUCGAGUUCUGCUCUUAUCAACACAUUCGGCAAUAUAUUUUUAUUUGUAUAGAUAGAAUAAGAUAUAGGAGUAUGAAAAGCACAUUAAAAUCCAUUUCCAGUUUCGAACAAAGAUCAAUUUCGCUAGCGCAAACAUCAAAUGGACUCACAGCACUUGUCACUAUUAAUUUUCUGGAUUUUCCCUUUUUGCUUCAGAGUUUUCCGAAAAUUUUCAAUUGUCAUGUUGAACUCACAUCCCAAAUUGUGCUUGAUUAGUUCUCGAGUUAUGCAGAAGUUUGUGUUUCGUUUGUAUGGCAACCCCCUUAGAGAGGGGGGAGAAGUGUAUUCACCAUAGAAACGUUUCGUGCUCCGUAAAACCUUCACAUGCCAAAUUUGGCUCCAUUUGCUUGAUUAGUUUUUGAAUUAUGCAGAAAUUCGUCUUUCACUUGUAUGGCAGCUACCCCUUGGAGAGGGUGGUGGAGUGUCUAACCACCGUAAAAACAUUUAUUGCACCAUUAAACCUCCACAUGCCAAAUUUGGCAUUCAUAUGUAGUGUGAAGUACUGCUUUCUCAUGUUCAAUCUAAGGUGAAAAGAUACAAAAGUCUAUGUCAUCGGCUAGAUCUACAACAAAUAAAUUGUUGUUUCAUUCCCGCCCGCUUGAUGUGAUUAUGAAACAAAAUAUGAUGCUGCUGUCAACACGUUAAGCCCCUCAUUGGUCCCUGAGAUUGACACUGAAUUUUCGCCUUUUUUGCGCCGAUCUCACCGGGACAGUAGAAUUUUCGUUCGGAGAGUGUCGGCAUUAUGGGUUUUGGACAUGAUUCUCACGUUACCUGACCAAUGGUGUUCAUAACCUUACAGAUCGAUAGUCCAAUAAUUUCAGUUUUGUUAUAACAUAGUUUUAUUGCUGAAAUAUUCCUUUUUUUGUUUGCGUCUGGUUUUUAGUACUUUAUUGCGUUAUUCACGAUUUUCGUUCCGCGGACAGUCGGAGUUCUACUGUAGUUAAUACCUAUGU